AGGUUUUAUACUUAUUUUAUACUUAAGUAUUCUACCCUGAACUAAUUAUUUAGUAAAUAUUAACUAUGUAUACAUGGAUUAAUUAAUUAUGUGGAGUAUUUUAGAGCUCCACUUGGAGAGAGAUAUUGCUGGAGCAACGUUGAUGGGAAUUGCAACGUCGUCUCCUGAACUCUUUACCAACGUCAUUGGGGUCUUUGUAAUGCGUGGUGAUAUUGGCGUUGGAACAAUUGUAGGAAGUGCCGUAUUCAACCAUUUGGCAAUUUGUUCUUGCAUUGGAUUGGGGACUAGACAUGUGGUCAAUCUAGAUUGGUGGCCUAUAUCACGAGACGUUAUUUUCUAUUCGGUUUCUGUCCUUGCUUUACUCCUUGUUCUUUGGGAUGAGCGAAUUUACUGGUAUGAAGCCACAUCUCUGCUUUUCAUUUAUGCGGUAUACAUUUAUGGAAUGCUAAAUGAUGAGAAGCUCCAGAUAUCCCUUGAGAACAUUCCGUGGAUUCACGCUUUCUCGAGAAGAAACCGUAGACAUCGACAAUACAGCGUUGGUGGUAAUGAAGUUGCUAAAGAAGAAGACGCACAAAGCAACGGCAAUUUAUCAUCAUCUCGAACCGCAAUUUUCAUGAUUCCUCAUUGCAUGACAGGACCCCGAAACAUGGAAAAUGGUACAUCAGGUAAUUUAGCAGGAGAGCAAGGACACUUACAUUCUCCAUUUAACCCGAUGCCGAGCAGGGAAAGUGGGUCCUGGAACAUGGUCAAGUGGGGUCUCAGUUGGCCCAUUCGAUUCCUGCUUUCACUCACAAUUCCAGAUUGCAGAUCUCCCAAACUCAGCCAUUUGUACCCUGUUACUUUUGUUUCUUCGACUUUGUGGAUUGCUGCACUGUCUUAUGUUGCCUCGUGGAUGAUGACUGUUGUGGGUCAUACGCUCAUGAUUCCUGACACUGUUUUCGGAGUUUCAGUGAUUGCUGCGGGUACUUCCGUGCCUGAGGCAGUGUCAUCAGUUUUUGUGGCGAGAAGAGGUUUUGGGACGAUGGCCGUAAGCAAUGCGGUCGGAUCUAACACCUUCAACAUACUCGUGUGUUUGGGACUUCCGUGGCUGAUUAGAUGUAUAGUUAACGCCAACUCUGAAAACAACUACGCAGAGAUCGGGUCUCGAGCAUUGCAGUAUUCUACGAUGAUGUUGAUCUUAUCGAUCGCUCUGAUGCAUGGAAUAAUUUUGUGGAAUGGGUUUUGCAUCAACAAAAGGAUUGCCGCGUCUGCAUUGGGACUCUACAUUGCAUUCUUAACUUUUGAUUCCUUGAUAGAGUUGAACAUGUUUUUUAAUAUUAACCUGCCUUUAUGCAACUGAAUUACUAAAAUAAAGCAGUACUCUAAUAAAGUCA